AUGCCGUCCUAUACCGUCACGGUGGCCACGGGCAGCCAGUGGUUCGCCGGCACGGACGACUACGUGUACCUGAGCCUGGAGGGCACGGCGGGUUGCAGCGAGAGGCACCUCCUGGACAAGCCCUUCUACAACGACUUCGAGCGCGGCGCGGUUGACUCCUAUGAUGUGACAGUGGAAGAAGACCUUGGAGAAAUUCAGCUAAUAAAAAUUGAGAAACGAAAAUAUUGGUACCAAGAUGAUUGGUACCUUAAGUAUAUCACUGUAAAAACACCACUGGGUGAUUAUCUGGAAUUUCCAUGUUACCGUUGGAUUACAGAUGAAAAAGAGAUUGUCCUUCGAGAUGGAAGAGCAAAGCUCCCCCGGGAUGACAAGACCCAGAUUCUCAAGCAGCACAGACGCAAAGAGCUCGAGAACCGUCAAAAAACAUAUCGCUGGAAGGAGUGGCAUCCUGGCUUUCCACUGAGCAUUGAUGCCCAUUCUCACAGUGAACUGCCCCGUGACAUCCAGUUUGACAAUGAGAAGGGAAUUGACUUUGUCCUGAACUACUCUAAAGCAAUGGAGAAUCUUUAUAUCAACCGGUUUAUGCACAUGUUCCAGUCCUCCUGGAGUGACUUCGCGGAUUUUGAGAAGAUCUUUGUAAGAAUCAGCAACACGAUCUCUGAAUAUGUGAUGCAGCACUGGAAGGAAGAUUUUAUGUUUGGCUACCAGUUCCUGAAUGGGUGCAAUCCUGUGCUGAUCCGGAGAUGCACAGAGAUACCCAAGAAGUUGCCAGUGACUAUGGAUAUGGUAGAAUGCAGCCUGGAGAGGAACCUGACCCUGGAGGAGGAAGUAAAGCAAGGAAACAUUUUCAUUGUGGACUACGAACUGCUGGAUGGUGUGGAUGCCAAUAAAACAGACCCAUGCACAAUACAGUACUUGGCUGCACCCAUUUGUUUGCUGUACAAGAAUCUGGAGAAUAAAAUUGUACCCAUUGCAAUCCAGCUUGGUCAAAAGCCUGGGCCAGAAAAUCCCAUAUUCCUUCCUUCAGAUGCCACAUAUGACUGGCUGCUGGCCAAAAUUUGGGUUCGCUCAUCUGAUUUCCACAUCCACCAGACAGUGACCCAUCUGUUACGGACACAUUUAGUCUCAGAGGUGUUCAGCAUAGCUAUGUUCCGGCAGCUGCCUGCUGUGCAUCCCCUCUUCAAGCUCUUGGUGCCACACAUGCGGUUCACAAUAGCCAUCAAUACCAAAGCCCGAGAACAGCUUAUUUGUGAAUGUGGCCUUUUUGACAAGGCAAAUGCUACAGGUGGGGGAGGACAUGUCCAAAUGGUUCAGAAAGCAAUGAAGGAUCUGACUUACAGCUCACUUUGCUUCCCUGAGGAGAUCAAAGCUAAAGGGAUGGACAGCAAGGAGGAUAUCCCCUACUACUAUUACCGGGAUGAUGGCAUUAAAGUCUGGGAGGCUAUAAAGAGUUUUGCAGAGGAUGUGAUUCACAUCUACUAUGAGACUGACGAGGUGGUGUGUGAGGAUGUGGAACUCCAGGCCUUCGUCAAGGACAUUUACAUGUACGGGAUGAGGGGCGUCAAGGCUGCAGGGUUUCCUAAGAUGAUCAAGACACGAGAGAAACUAGCAGAAUAUCUCACAGUGAUAAUAUUCACCACAUCAGCCCAGCAUGCAGCUGUGAAUUUUGGUCAGUAUGACUGGUGUUCCUGGAUUCCAAAUGCCCCACCAACUAUGCGCUGCCCUCCUCCAACGCAAAAGGGAACGGUCACCAUUGAGCAGAUUGUGGAGAGUCUGCCAGACAGGGGACGUUCUUGUUGGCAUCUUGGAGCUGUCUGGGCCUUGAGCCAGUUCCAGGACAAUGAACUGUUUCUUGGCAUGUACCCGGAUGAACACUUUGUGGAGAAGCCGGUGAAAGAGGCUAUGGCAAAAUUCCGCAAGAACCUGGAUGAUAUCGUCAGCACCAUCACCGAGCGCAACAAGAGCAAAAAGCUCCCUUACUACUACCUUUCCCCAGAUCGCAUUCCCAACAGUGUUGCCGUUUGAGCAGAUAGCCAAGAGAGCUCAGAGGAGCAUAAAGCUAACUUAUGCCUUCCUGUUACAUAUGCUUCUUUCUCACAGUGACCUUUUAAAAAUGGGUAAUACAACAAGCAUACCCUCUACAUUGGAGCUGACCCAUAGUAUAUUUUGGGUUUCAAAACAAGUUUAAUUAUGACUGAUCUUACUGAAAGGCUAGUUGGCAGCUCCUUAGGUCAAAUUUAUUACAAGCUUAUUUUUCCAAGACUUUUGUACUGUUUAGAAACAUGUUUCUGUUAGUUUUCCUUUUCCAGUCAAAACAAUGAAAUCACAGAAAUUGCUUUCAAACUGAGCACCACCACAUUACAUGUGAGAACUGAACAGUAACGGUAAAAACUGAAUGAAGAUAAGUGUCUUCAUAUUUCUCAUGUCACUCAUCUUACUCGAUGAAAAUAGUAUUAGGAGCAAUAAGCAAGUCAUGUUUUUAAAAUCCAUCCUAUUUUUAAUAGAUGACACUGGUUACAUAAUUUCAUAAACUUCAAAGUUUAUGUAUGGUUUUUAAUCUGAUUAAAAGGUAAAUGUUAAAUAUUUUCACUACAAUUUUGAAUGUCCCCAUCAAGAUGAAGGCAGGACAUUUUAAUAACAUAGCUGAGGGUUUUUUUAUCACUUUUUUACUGAGUUCAUGUGAAAUUAUAAAACCUGAUUCAUAGGAGAUGAAAACUUUUUACCUGUAUGGACGUAUGUAUUUUCUACAUAAAACUAGAAUCGUUUGUUUCAGCCUCUGCCAGCAGAGUUUGUCACUGAUACAUAUGGACAAAUAUUUUGCUUAGCACAAUAAGGAGUACAGACUGAACAGUGCUUAUGCUCAAUUUCUGUUUUGUUGCUGAGGCAGCUGGGUUUUGUGGAUAGUUUCUUUUGUGGGGGGAAAAAAAGGCUACAUGUAUAAUAAUAAAAAAUAGGGAGAAGGCUUAAGUGACAGUUUCUAAGAGGAAUCUUUGGAUUAGUCCAGGUAAUCAUUAUCUAUUUCACCUGAGAAAGUCAUUUUUUAUUUCGUUUAUUUUUCAAAGAAAUUAAUCAUUGUACUGGUGUCGUAAGCCUGCAGUGUGUUUUUUCAAUAUAUAAGAAAGCCUCGUAUGCUAAUAAAACAAAACUGAAGAAAAUCUA